AUUAAGCAGAAUGUUUGUUGAUACAAGCCAUUUGCCUCCUAAAUUAGGAAACACUGUUCACUCGGAUCCAAACAUAUCAAGCUCACAUAUUGACGAUGAUGCGGAUAAUAAUAAUAGUAAUUACAAUGCAAGACACAGCAGUUUCUCUGCGUAUGAAGCGAAUCGUCUUAGCGGUGAAGGGUCUCCUAUGAUGAUGUCUCCAUGGAACCAAGGGUCUCCAUGGUCCAAAUUUGAUGAGGGUAGCAAUUCCCAAAACAAUAAUAUCCCUCAAAUUAAUGGACUUAUUGGUUCACUUGUGCGGGAAGAGGGUCACAUUUAUUCUUUAGCAACCAAAAACGAUCUUCUUUACACAGGAUCUGAUAGCAAGAAUAUACGUGUCUGGAAGAAUCUCAAGGAAUUUGCUGCUUUUAAAUCAAAUAGCGGACUUGUAAAAGCCAUCAUCAUCUCAGGAGAGAAAAUAUUCACUGGUCAUCAAGAUGGAAAAGUUCGUGUUUGGAAGAUCCAAACCAAGAAUCCAGGUACCUACAAACGUGCUGGGACUUUGCCUAGUUUCUUUGAUAUUUUCAAGGCAUCCAUUAAGCCUAGCAACUAUGUCGAAGUCAAGAGAAAUAGGAGUGGUUUAUGGAUCAAGCACGUUGACGCUAUAUCAUGCUUGAGCAUGGAUCAAACCCGAGGCCUUCUCUAUUCAGCUUCAUGGGACAGAACAUUUAAGGUAUGGAACGUUGAUAACUCGAAAUGCAUAGAAUCAGUGAAAGCACAUGAUGAUGCAGUGAACUCAGUGGUUACGAGUGUUGAAGGCAUAGUGUAUACAGGAUCAGCUGAUGGUACAGUGAAGGUUUGGCAGAGGGAAAACUCAGGGAAACACCCAAAACAUGUAUUUGUUCAGACACUUUUGAAUCAAGAAUGUGCAGUGACAGCAUUAGUUGUUAGCAAAUCUGGUUCAGUAGUUUACUGCGGUUCAUCUGAUGGUGUUGUGAAUUUCUGGGAACGAGAGAAGCAAUUAUCACAUGGUGGAGUCUUAAAGGGACACAAAUUGGCUAUUUUAUGCCUUGCAGCAGCUGGAAAUUUGGUACUGAGUGGAUCAGCUGAUAAAACAAUAUGUGUUUGGAGAAGGGACAAUAAGUCUAUACACACAUUGUUAUCUGUAUUGACUGGUCAUAAUGGGCCAGUGAAAUGUCUAGCAGUAGAAGAAGAUAAAGAAUCCACUCAAACCGAUCAGAAAUGGGUCGUUUAUAGUGGAAGUCUUGAUAAAUCUGUAAAGGUUUGGAAUGUUUCAGACUUGUGGCACUCUCAAGGAUCAAUUUGA